GAGACAUCUCUAUAUGUGGUACAAAUUUAGCUUUAAUGGUAUGCCUAAAAAACAUAUUCUUCGAGGUCAUCAAGCGUUGGAGCAACACAAGUUUAUAUACAGAAGUGACACGCAACAUUUCCAAAUUAUUGCGUUAAACUAACGUCCCCAUCCGAAUGUCUGUCGAUGAUGUGCGCAGGCAUGGUGAGAAAAUUGUAUGCGACACUGCCAUCUAUCGGGCCGAUUAGACAGACGUUGUGCAAUGCGUGUAACCUGAAAGUGAAGACGAUCAACAUUGUGCCAUGUUUCUUUCGGGUUACGACGCGCAUUUCAUCGUCACUGAAUUGGGGUACGACGACCAAAGGAUUUCGGUCAUACCGAAUUCCGAAGAGAAGUAUAUUUCAGUCACGAAACACUUAACUAAUAACUUCUCCAUACGGUUUGUCGACAUCUUCCGGUUCAUGGCCUCCUCCUUGUCCACCUUGGCCGGUAACCUAAUGCACCCGAUUUCGUUAAAUUCCGUGAGAUGGCCAAGGUGUUCCGCUUUCAAGAUAUGCCGUUGGUGAAGCGUAAGGGCGUAUGACCCCCAAGAGUACACUGAUAGUUGGGCUAAAUUGGACGAAACGGUACUACCAUCCCGAGACGCUUUCUAUAGACACGCCGCGGAGGUGUGGAAUCAUUUCGGCUGCUCAACCCUCGGUGAGUACAGCGACCUAUACCUAAAGAUCGACGUGCUGUUGUUGGCUGACAUGUUUGAGAACUUUCGCGACAUUUGUACUACAACAUACAAUUUGGACUAUUAUACCGCACCAGGCUUUAGCUUUUCGAUUGUAGUUGAAGUACACCAGGGUGAAGCUGGAGCUCUUAAACGACUACGACAUGCUACUGAUGGUGGUAUCGUGAUGGGCUGGUGCAGGCCGUCAAGCACUAUGCCAAGGCCAACAAUCCAAAGACACUGAAUUACGAUUCGACAAAACCAGACUCAUGGAUCGUCUACCAAGACUGCAAUAACCUGUACGAUUGGGCUAUGAGUCAGCUCAUGCUUCCGGUGGUAUGAAGGAGCAGAUCCUCUGGCCGACCUCCAAUUGUUUUCGGACACUGGUAAUACGGGGCGUAUAUAUGAAGUGAACGUAUUGUAUCCAGAAGAGCUGCAUGACGAGCAAAACGACUUACCGUUCUUGCCUGGCAACGAUGUACCGCCGGGUUCUAAAGAGACCAAACUCUUUGAAACCCAAACAACGGUACGUUGUACACUAUGUCAACUUGAAACAGGCGAUCGCACACGGACUGCAAGUCGAUAAAGUGCACCGCGUUUUAGAGUUUCAACAAAGUGCUUGGUUGAAACCAUACAUUGAGCUGAACACUGAAAUGCGGAAAAAGGCGGCAAAUGCUUUUGAAAUAGCAUUUUUCAAACUAAUGAUUAAUGCCGUCUUUGGGAAAACAAUGAUGAACAUACGGAAACGCAUCCGCAUUGAGCUAAUCUCCAGUCCCGAACGUCUAAGCAAGCUCGUAAACCAAUCAACCUUCAACGACUGUAUCAAAUACGUCGGUUUAGCAGUGCUUGACAUUAACAAGUCGCUAAUCUACAAGUACUUCUACGACCUAUUAAAAUCUCAUUUUGUUGACGCAAUCAGCCUGGUUUACAUGGAUACUGUUGAAUGUUUGCCUUGGAAUGGUUUAGAAUCAUUUUUUAUAUUUAGUGGAAUGAAAGGAAAUAAUAUAAUUGCAAAAUGUGUUUUGUGUGGCUUAUCAGGAAAAGAGAUAAGUACUGCUAAAAAUACACCAUCUAAUCUCAAACAUCAUAUUUCGAGAGUUCAUCCAUUUAAAUUGGCUGCCUUUGAUAAUGCUAUGAAUGAAGGUAAAAAAAAAUGCUUUUGUUCAACAGAAAAAAAUGGAAUAUGGAUUAUCAGAAAAUGUAAAAAAAGAAUCAGUGCAAUUCACACUUGAUGACUAUGGAAAAGAUACAGGAAACGAACAUUCUAAAGUAAAUCAAAAAAGUUUAGAUCAACUUGUGAUAAAUUUUGUUGUGAGUGAAAUACAACCUUUAAGUAUAGUCGAUAAACCAUCGUUUAUGAGUUUGGUGAAACUAGGCCGCCUCCCUAAAGACCUUAAAGUUAUGUGCAGAAAAUCUUUAAAAUCACGUAUUAAUAACCUUUAUUUAUCUAUGAUAGACAAUAUUACUUCAACACUUGGAAACGUUAUGUAUGUAGCAACCACAGCUGACUGUUGGACUAAAGGUAAAAGAGGUUAUUUUGGAGUAACAUGCCCCAUUGGAUAGACUCCAAGUCUCUCUUUAGCGUCAUUCAGUAUCAUUGGGGCGUGUUGCCGUAUAAAAGGAAGACAUACAUAUGAUGUUUUGGCUACUGCUUUACACAAGAUUCAUACAGUCUAUAAAAUACAGAACAAGAUAGUUGCUGCAACUACAGAAAGUGGUUCAAAUUUUGUGAAAGCGUUCAAAUUGUAUCCUAUUUUAAGAAAUUCAAACGAAGAGGAAGAUAG